AUGACAUAUUGUUGUACCAUCCCAGGCACGGCUGAACAUGUCGCCCAAAAUAAACCAAACACGGCGAUACGGCUGUACAUUCCCUUCUGGGAUCUCUGGGAUCCCUCCCCUCCAAGGGACCGAACCCAACGUGAUUGCACAGGACUGCAGCCCACCCCGACAUCCACCCCAUUGCCUCCCGGGACGACAACCGAGCAGACGAGCUCUUGCGUCGACCGUGAGAAGAGAGAUUGGGGGGGGGGAGGGAGGUGUUCGGCGAAGAAGGAAAUCAAGGAGUCAGAGAGGGCAUCUCGGCUGGGAUAUCGGGAUGCUGCUCAUUGGGCCUCAGUCCUCAGUGACAUUAGUUCUAUGUCGACUCCACGGAUGAACGCAUGA